AUGAGCAAGAAUUUUGAUGUUAUAACUUGUGAAUCGUGUAAAGCAUUCUUUAGACGCUAUGCACUUAAGAAUAAGCAACUAAUGAGAAGCGAUGAGGAAAAUGAAAAACGAAGGAAAACUAUUCGGGAAAAUAAGUUAAAACGUGAAAAAUGUGAUAUUUUAGCCGAUUCUUCGGUCACUUCUAUUGUAUUAUCAAAUGAUUUGAUGACUAUUUUUAAUGAAAACAAAGAGAAAGACAUUUUGGAUGAAAUACUCGACAAUACAAUUGACAUCAAUUUGGAUGAGAUUAACGAAGAGAUCACAAACAUUGAUACCUCUAUUACACACAUUGAAAUAAAUAAGGAUUUAGAGGCAAUCAAACAUUUUAAAGGCAAAUACAAAAACACGGCAAUUGUUCCCAUGUUUAGGGAAAUCACGGAUUAUAACGGUUUGAAUGAAUUGGAAACCAACCGGUUGUCGGAGCUGUCGAGCGCUGCCGUUGACGAUGCGAAUUUUGUCCAGGCCAAUAUUAGUGUAUUUGGACCUAAUAAUCUAGAUGAAUGGGAUUAUAAUGAUUCAACCGCUAUUAACCUGUUAACAGCGAUCAUACUUUAUAACCCGAAUCGACCGAAUCUAACGCAUAAACACAAUGUUAAACUCGAACAACAACUGUAUAUAUAUUUACUGCAAAGAUAUCUAUUAUUGAAAUAUCGGUCAGAAUCGGAAUCGAGAGUAGGGCUCCCGGAAUACAGGACCAGGAAUUUUGCUGUUAUAACGUGUGAGUCAUGUAAGGCAUUCUUUAGACGCUAUGGUGCAAAGAAUAAGCCAUUGUAUUGUCCGUCAAAUAACAAAUGCAUUAUAAAUCUAUUGACGAGAAAAAUAUGCAAAAAAUGUCGACUCGAGAAGUGUUUUGCGGUCGGAAUGAGAAAAGAAUUUAUCAGAAAUGAUGUCGAAAAUGAGAUGAGAAGGAAAGCGAUGCGAGAAAAUAAAUUAAAACGAGAAAAAUGUGAUAAUUUGGUCAAUACAUCCAUUGCUUCGGUCACUUCUUGUACCGAUUUUUCAAAUGAUUUAAUUAUUUUCGAUGAAAACACAGAGAAAGACAUUUUGGAUGAAUUGCUCGACAAUUCAAUUGACAUCAAUUUGGAUGAGAUUAAUGAUGAGAUGACAAACAUUGAAACCUCUAUUACAGAUAUUACUAUAGAUAAGGAUUUACUUUUAAUCCCAGAUUUCAAAGAGAAAUGCAAAAACACGGCAAUUGUUCCAAUCUUUAGGGAAAUCACGGAUUAUAACGGUUUGAAUGCAUUGGAAAACAACCGGUUGUCGGAGCUGUCGAGCGCUGCCGUUGUGUUUAACUAUAAAAUAUCUAAUAAUAUAAUACAAGUGAAUAAUUUAGAGGAAAUGCUAAGAAUCUGUGGCCGUAGACAAGACGAUUCCCUAAAGGACAUGGUCACUUUUACAAAAUGUUUAUCUGGCUAUAAUAGGAUAUGCGCUGAGGAUAGGGUGGCGCUAAUGAAGUACGGCUUUAAUCAAUUGCUGUCAAUACGGAUCCUAAAGUAUUACAACAAAACGACCGGUAAUUUCUACAUACCUUUUGACGAGAGAUAUACUGUCCAGGCCAAUUUUAAUGUAUUUCCACAGAAUGAUUCUAAUUAUACCCUUCAUACAUUUAAGCCGAUAUUAAACACGUUGGUUGAUGAGUGGAAUUACAGUGAUUCUAUUGCAGUUAACCUGUUAACAGCAAUAGCUUUCUAUAACCCGAAUCGACCGAAUCUAAUACAUAGACACAGUGUUAAACGCUAUGGACUUAAGAAUAAGCCAUUGAAUUGUCCAUCAAAUGGUAAUUGCAUUAUAAGUCUAUUGACGAGAAAAUUAUGCCAGAAGUGUCGACUCGAGAAGUGUUUCGCAGUCGGAAUGAGAAAAGAAUUUAUCAGAAGUGAUGAGCAAAACGAGAAGAGGAAGAAAGCAAUGCGAGAAAAUAGACUAAUUCAAGGAAAUUGUGAUAAUUUGCUCAAUACAUGCAUUUCGUCGGUCUCUUCUUCUGAUGACUCUUUAAAUGAUUUAAUUAUUUUCGACGAAAACAAUGAAAAAGACAUUUUGGAUGAAAUACUCGACAAUACAAUUGAUAUUAAUUUUGAUGAGAUUACAGAAAUUGUCAAUAGUAUUACAAACAUUACAUUAGAUAAGGAUUUAACGUCUAUAGCGAAAGGAAAACAAAAAUGCAAAAACACGGCAAUUGUUCCCAUGUUUAGAGAAAUCACGGAUUAUAACGGUUUGAAUGAAUUGGAAAGCAAUAGGAUAUCGGAGCUGAUGAGCGCUGCCGUUGUGUUUAACUACAAAAUGUCUAAUAAUAUACGACAAGUGAAUAGUUUAGAGGAAAUGCUAAGGACUUGUGGCCCGAGUCAGGACAGAUCAGUGAUGGAUAUAAUUAAUUUCGCUAAAUCUCUGUCUACUUUCAAUACGAUAUGCUCUGAGGAUAAGGUGGUGCUAAUGAAGUACGGCUACAAUGAGUUGCUGUCAAUCCGGACCAUAAAGUUUUACGACAAAUACAAUGAAAAUUUCUACAUACCUUUGGUGAGCAAAAACAACGCUACAUUAAAUUGCUGA